CCCGCCUCCUACAAGAUGGCGGCGGCCAAGUAGCGAGGGGGCGGGGUGAGGACGCCGGAAGCCGGGCCGCUGCUGGGGGGAGCUGCGGGCGAAGGCCCGGGAGCAGCGGGCAGAUACUGGCACGAUGCUGUUCCUGGGAAGCAUUGUUGGCUGCCGGUGAGGAAGGUGAGGCACGGAGUUGCCUUCCUGGGCCCUCAGCACCUCCUAUGUACACCUCCCUGGACACGGGUCGGGUCGCCGCUUUGCCCGCUUGUUUUCGACCCUUGGCUCUCAGGUCCUGGAGCUCCAGCGGCGGCGGCAAGGGCUGUGUCCGGCAGGAGAGGGAGCGCCCAGGCAGCGCCCGUGCCCCUGACCGCGGGGCGAACGUCUGGCAGGAAGUACUUAAACAGCUACAAGGAAGUAUUGAAGAUGAAGCUAUGACUUCUUCUGGACAGAUUGACUUAUUAGAACGUCUUAAAGAGCUUAACUUAGACAGCAGUAAUUUCCCUGGAGUGAAACUACGGUCAAAAAUGUCCCUCCGUUCUUAUGGAAGCCGUGAAGGAUCUAUAUCAAGUCGUUCAGGGGAGUGUAGUCCUGUCCCUAUGGGUUCAUUUCCAAGAAGAGGGUUUGUCAAUGGAAGCAGAGAAAGUACUGGCUAUUUAGAAGAACUUGAAAAAGAAAGAUCUUUACUUCUUGCUGAUCUUGAUAAAGAAGAAAAGGAAAAAGACUGGUAUUAUGCUCAACUUCAGAAUCUCACUAAAAGAAUAGAUAGUCUUCCUUUAACUGAAAAUUUUUCUUUGCAAACAGAUAUGACCAGAAGACAAUUGGAAUAUGAAGCAAGGCAAAUAAGAGUUGCAAUGGAAGAACAACUAGGUACCUGCCAGGAUAUGGAAAAACGAGCACAGAGGUCAUCUCAGAGCAAGCAUGAAGCAGGCUCUCAUGAAGCUGAGCGGCAGAAUGAAGGUCCAGGAGUGGCAGAAAUUAGCAUGGCAACUUCUGGUAGUGGUCAGGGUUCAGCUGCACGAAUGGAUCAUGAAACAGCCAGUGUUUUGAGUUCUAGUAGCACACACUCUGCUCCUCGAAGGCUCACUAGUCAUCUGGGAACCAAGGUGGAAAUGGUGUAUUCAUUGUUGUCAAUGCUUGGUACUCAUGAUAAGGAUGAUAUGUCACGAACUUUGCUAGCUAUGUCUAGCUCCCAAGACAGCUGUAUAUCCAUGCGACAGUCUGGAUGUCUUCCUCUCCUCAUCCAGCUUUUACAUGGCAAUGACAAAGACUCUGUAUUGUUGGGAAAUUCCCGGGGCAGUAAAGAGGCUCGGGCCAGGGCCAGUGCAGCACUCCACAACAUCAUUCACUCACAGCCUGAUGACAAGAGAGGCAGGCGUGAAAUCCGAGUCCUUCAUCUUUUGGAACAGAUACGAGCUUACUGUGAAACCUGUUGGGAGUGGCAGGAAGCCCAUGAACAAGGCAUGGACCAGGACAAAAACCCAAUGCCAGCUCCUGUUGAGCAUCAGAUCUGUCCUGCUGUGUGUGUGCUAAUGAAACUUUCAUUUGAUGAAGAGCACAGGCAUGCAAUGAAUGAACUCGGGGGACUACAGGCCAUUGCAGAAUUAUUGCAAGUGGACUGUGAAAUGUAUGGGCUUACUAAUGACCACUACAGUAUUACAUUAAGACGAUAUGCUGGAAUGGCUUUGACAAACCUAACUUUUGGAGAUGUAGCCAAUAAGGCAACUUUGUGCUCUAUGAAAGGCUGCAUGAGAGCGCUGGUGGCUCAACUGAAAUCUGAAAGUGAAGACUUGCAGCAGGUUAUUGCAAGUGUUUUAAGAAACUUGUCCUGGCGAGCAGAUGUAAAUAGUAAAAAGACAUUGCGUGAAGUUGGAAGUGUGAAAGCAUUGAUGGAAUGUGCAUUGGAAGUUAAAAAGGAAUCAACCCUCAAAAGUGUAUUGAGUGCCUUAUGGAAUUUGUCAGCACACUGCACUGAGAAUAAAGCUGAUAUAUGUGCUGUAGAUGGUGCACUUGCAUUUUUGGUUGGCACUCUCACUUACCGGAGCCAGACAAAUACUUUAGCCAUUAUUGAAAGUGGAGGUGGGAUACUACGCAAUGUCUCCAGCUUGAUAGCUACAAAUGAGGACCACAGGCAAAUCCUAAGAGAGAACAACUGCCUACAAACCUUAUUACAACACUUAAAAUCUCACAGUUUGACCAUAGUCAGUAAUGCCUGUGGAACCUUGUGGAAUCUCUCAGCAAGAAAUCCUAAAGACCAGGAGGCAUUAUGGGAUAUGGGGGCAGUUAGCAUGCUCAAGAACCUCAUUCAUUCAAAGCACAAAAUGAUAGCCAUGGGAAGUGCUGCAGCUUUAAGGAAUCUCAUGGCAAAUCGGCCUGCAAAAUACAAGGAUGCCAAUAUUAUGUCUCCUGGUUCAAGCUUGCCAUCUCUUCAUGUGAGAAAGCAAAAAGCGCUCGAAGCAGAAUUAGAUGCUCAGCAUUUAUCAGAAACUUUUGAUAAUAUUGACAAUUUAAGUCCCAAGGCGUCUCAUCGUAGUAAGCAGAGACACAAGCAAAAUCUCUAUGGUGACUAUGUUUUUGACGCCACUCGGCACGAUGAUAAUAAGUCAGACAAUUUUAAUGCUGGAAACAUGACUGUCCUUUCACCAUAUUUAAAUACUACAGUGUUGCCUAGCUCCUCGUCAUCAAGAGGAAGCUUGGAUAGUUCUCGUUCUGAAAAGGAUAAAAGUUUGGAGAGAGAGCGAGGUCUUAGCCUAGGUGGCUACCAUCCAGCAACAGAAAAUCCAGGCACUUCUUCAAAGCGAGGUUUGCAGAUCUCCACUACUGCAGCCCAGAUUGCCAAAGUCAUAGAGGAAGUGUCAGCCAUUCAUACUCCCCAGGAAGACAGAAGUUCUGGGUCUACCACUGAAUUACAUUGUGUAACAGAUGAAAGGAAUGCACUGAGAAGAAGCUCUGCUGCUCAUGCACACUCAAACACUUACAACUUCACAAAGUCAGAAAAUGCAAAUAGGACGUGCCCUAUGCCUUAUGCCAAAUUGGAAUACAAGAGAUCUUCAAAUGAUAGUUUAAAUAGUGUUAGUAGUAGUGAUGGCUAUGGUAAAAGAGGUCAAAUGAAACCCUCAAUUGAAUCCUAUUCUGAAGAUGAUGAAAGCAAAUUUUGCAGUUAUGGCCAAUAUCCAGCUGACCUAGCCCAUAAAAUCCAUAGUGCAAAUCAUAUGGAUGAUAAUGAUGAAGAACUAGAUACACCGAUAAAUUAUAGUCUUAAAUAUUCAGAUGAGCAGUUGAACUCUGGAAGGCAAAGUCCUUCACAAAAUGAAAGAUGGGCAAGACCCAAACACAUAAUAGAAGAUGAACUAAAGCAAAGUGAGCAAAGACAAUCGAGGAGUCCGAGCACAACUUUUCCCGUGUAUAAUGAGAGCACUGAGGAGAAACACCUCAAGUUCCAACCACAUUUUGGACAACAAGAAUGUGUUUCCCCAUUUAGGUCAAGGGGAGCCAAUGGUGCAGAAACUAAUAGAGCGGGUUCUAAUCAUGGAAUUAAUCAAAACGUAAACCAGUCUUUGUGUCAGGAAGAUGAUUAUGAAGAUGAUAAGCCAACCAACUAUAGUGAACGUUACUCUGAGGAAGAGCAGCAUGAGGAAGAAGAGAGACCAACAAAUUACAGCAUAAAAUAUAAUGAAGAGAAACAUCACAUAGAUCAGCCUAUUGAUUAUAGUUUAAAAUAUGCCACAGAUAUCCCUUCCUCACAGAAACCAUCAUUUUCAUUCUCCAAGAAUUCAUCUGGACAAAGCACUAAAACUGAACACAUCUCUUCAAGCACUGAGAAUGCAUCCACACCUUCAUCUAAUGGCAAGAGGCAGAAUCAGCUUCAUCCAAGCUCAGCACAAAGCAGAAGUGGUCAGACUCAAAAGGCUGCCUCUUGCAAAGUUCCCUCUAUUAACCAAGAAACAAUACAGACUUACUGUGUAGAAGAUACCCCAAUAUGUUUUUCAAGGUGUAGUUCAUUGUCAUCUUUGUCAUCCGCUGAAGAUGAAAUAGGAUGUGAUCAGACGACGCAGGAAACAGAUUCUGCUAAUACUCUGCAAAUAGCAGAACUGAAAGAAAGCAGUGGCACUAGAUCAACUGAGGAUACUGUGAGUGAAGUUCCAACAGUGUCUCAGCACAUGAGAACCAAAUCCAACAGACUCCAGGCGUCUGGUUUAUCAUCUUCAGAAUCAACGAGGCACAAGGCUGUUGAGUUUUCUUCAGGGGCCAAAUCUCCAUCCAAGAGUGGUGCUCAGACACCAAAAAGUCCACCAGAGCACUAUGUUCAGGAGACGCCACUCAUGUUUAGCAGAUGCACUUCUGUCAGUUCACUGGAUAGUUUUGAGAGUCGUUCAAUUGCUAGCUCUGUUCAGAGUGAACCGUGUAGUGGAAUGAUAAGUGGCAUUAUCAGUCCCAGUGACCUUCCAGACAGUCCUGGACAAACCAUGCCACCAAGCAGAAGUAAAACCCCUCCUCCUCCUCCAACAGUUCAGACUAAGCGAGAAGCAUCUAAAAGUAAAGCAUCUAAUGCUGAAAAGAGAGAGAGUGGACCUAAGCAAGCUGCUGUAAAUGCUGCAGUUCAGCGAGUCCAGGUUCUCCCAGAUGCUGAUACUUUAUUACAUUUUGCUACAGAAAGUACUCCAGAUGGAUUUUCUUGUUCAUCCAGUCUGAGUGCUCUGAGCCUUGAUGAGCCAUUUAUACAGAAAGAUGUAGAAUUAAAAAUAAUGCCUCCAGUUCAGGAAAAUGAUAAUGGGAAUGAAACAGAACCUGAGCAGACUGAAGAAUCCAAUGAAAACCAGGAGAAAGAGGCAGAAAAACCUAUUGACUCUGAAAAAGAUCUGUUAGAUGAUUCAGAUGAUGAUGACAUUGAAAUAUUAGAAGAAUGUAUUAUUUCUGCAAUGCCAACAAAAUCAUCCCACAAAGCCAAAAAGGCAGCCCAGACUGCCUCAAAAGUACCUCCACCUGUGGCAAGGAAACCAAGUCAGCUGCCGGUUUACAAACUCCUACCAUCACAAAACCGGUUACAAGCACAAAAGCACGGGAUGCCACGGGUGUACUGUGUAGAAGGGACUCCUAUAAACUUUUCCACAGCUACAUCUCUAAGUGAUUUAACAAUAGAAUCACCUCCAAAUGAAUUAGCUACUGGAGAAGGGGCUAGAGUAGGGGAACAGACAGGUGAAUUUGAAAAACGAGACACCAUUCCCACAGAAGGCAGAAGUACAGAUGAGGCCCAGAGAGGAAAAACUUCAUCUAUAAUACCUGAAUUGGAUGAUAAUAAGACAGAGGAAGGUGAUAUUCUUGCAGAAUGUAUUAAUUCUGCUAUGCCCAAAGGAAAAAGUCACAAGCCAUUCCGUGUGAAAAAGAUAAUGGACCAAGUCCAGCAAGCAUCUGCAUCUGCAUCUUCAUCUGGAACCAACAAAAAUCAGUUAGAUGGUAAGAAAAAGAAACCUACUUCACCAGUAAAACCUAUGCCGCAAAAUACUGAAUACAGGACACGUGUAAGAAAAAAUACCGAUACAAAAAACAAUAUGAAUGCUGAAAGAACUUUCCCAGACAAAGACUCAAAGAAACAGAACUUGAAAAAUAAUUCCAACUUCAAUGAAAAGCUGCCAAACAAUGAAGAUCGAGUCAGAGGCAGUUUUACUUUUGAUUCACCUCAUCAUUACACCCCUAUUGAAGGAACUCCUUACUGCUUUUCACGAAAUGAUUCUUUGAGCUCUCUAGAUUUUGAUGAUGAUGAUGUUGACCUUUCCAGAGAAAAGGCUGAAUUAAGAAAGGGCAAAGAAAAUAAGGAUUCAGAAGCUAAAGUUACCAGCCACACAGAAACAACCUCAAGCCAACAAUCAGCUGUUAAGACACAGGCUGUUACAAAACAUCCAAUAAAUCGAGGUCAGCCUAAGCCCAUACUGCAGAAGCAGUCCACUUUUCCACAGUCAUCCAAAGACAUACCAGACAGAGGGGCAGCCACUGAUGAAAAAUUACAAAAUUUUGCCAUUGAAAAUACUCCAGUUUGCUUUUCUCGUAAUUCCUCUUUGAGUUCACUCAGUGACAUUGACCAAGAAAACAACAACAACAAAGAAAAUGAACCUGUCAAACAGAAUGAGCCCCCUGAUUCUCAGGGAGAGCCUAGUAAACCUCAGGCAUUAGGUUAUGCCCCUAAAUCAUUUCAUGUUGAAGAUACACCUGUUUGUUUCUCAAGAAAUAGUUCUCUCAGUUCUCUUAGUAUUGAUUCUGAAGAUGACCUUUUACAAGAAUGUAUAAGUUCUGCAAUGCCAAAAAAGAAAAAACCUUCAAGACUCAAGGGUGAUAAUGAAAAGCAUAGCCCCAGAAAUAUGGGUGGUAUAUUAGCAGAAGAUUUGACACUUGAUUUGAAAGACAUACAGAGACCAGAUUCAGAACAUGGUUUAUCUCCUGAUUCAGAAAAUUUUGAUUGGAAAGCUAUUCAAGAAGGUGCAAAUUCCAUAGUAAGUAGUUUACAUCAAGCUGCUGCUGCUGCUUGUUUAUCUAGACAGGCUUCAUCUGAUUCAGACUCUAUCCUUUCGCUGAAAUCAGGAAUCUCUUUGGGGUCACCAUUUCAUCUUACACCUGAUCAAGAGGAAAAACCCUUUGCAAGUAAUAAAGGCCCACGAAUUUUAAAACCUGGAGAGAAAAGCACAUUGGAGACUAAAAAGAUAGAAUCUGAAAAUAAAGGAAUCAAGGGAGGGAAAAAAGUUUAUAAAAGCUUGAUUACUGGAAAAGUACGAUCUAAUUCAGAAGUUUUAAGCCAAAUAAAACAGCCUCUUCAAACAAACAUGCCUUCAAUUUCUCGAGGUAGGACAAUGAUUCAUAUUCCAGGAGUUCGAAAUAGUUCUUCAAGUACAAGUCCUGUUUCUAAAAAAGGCCCACCCCUUAAGACUCCUGCCUCCAAAAGUCCUAAUGAAAAUCAGACAGCCACCACUUCUCCUAGAGGAGCCAAGCCAUCAGUAAAGUCAGAAGUAAGCCCUGUUACCAGGCAGACAUCCCAACCAGGUGGGUCAAAUAAAGGGCCUUCUAGAUCAGGAUCCAGAGAUUCCACUCCUUCAAGACCCACCCAACAACCACUAAGUAGACCUAUGCAGUCUCCAGGGCGAAACUCAAUUUCUCCUGGUAGAAAUGGAAUAAGCCCUCCUAAUAAACUAUCUCAGCUGCCAAGGACUUCAUCCCCUAGUACUGCUUCAACCAAGUCCUCUGGUUCUGGGAAAAUGUCAUAUACCUCCCCAGGUAGACAGCUGAGCCAACAGAACCUAACCAAAUCAUCAGGUUUUUCCAAGAAUGGCAGUGGUAUCCCAAGAAGUGAGUCUGCCUCCAAGGGACUAAAUCAAAUGAAUAAUAGCAACGGAUCCAAUAAAAAGGUAGAACUGUCUAGAAUGUCUUCAACCAAAUCUAGUGGAAGUGAAUCUGAUAGAUCAGAGAGACCUGUAUUAGUACGCCAGUCAACUUUCAUCAAAGAAGCUCCAAGCCCAACCCUACGGAGAAAACUGGAGGAAUCUGCUUCAUUUGAAUCUCUUUCUCCAUCUUCUAGGCCAAAUUCUCCCACUAGAUCACAGGCACAAACUCCAGUUUUAAGUCCUUCCCUUCCCGAUAUGUCUCUGACCGCACAUUCAUCUGUUCAGCCCGGUGGGUGGCGAAAACUCCCACCUAAUCUUAGUCCUACUAUAGAGUACAAUGAUGGAAGGUCAGCAAAGCGCCAUGAUAUAGCACGUUCCCAUUCUGAAAGUCCUUCCAGACUUCCAAUCAAUAGGUCAGGAACCUGGAAACGUGAGCACAGCAAACAUUCGUCAUCCCUUCCUCGAGUAAGCACUUGGAGAAGAACUGGAAGUUCAUCUUCAAUUCUUUCUGCUUCAUCAGAAUCCAGUGAAAAAGCAAAGAGUGAGGAUGAAAAACAUGUGAACUCUGUGUCAACAACCAAACAAAGUAAAGAAAACCAAGUACCCACAAAAGGAACGUGGAGAAAAAUAAAAGAAAGUGAUAUUUCUCCCACAAAUAGUACGUCUCAAACCACUUCCUCAGGUGCUACAAAUGGUGCUGAAUCAAAGACUCAAAUUUAUCAAAUGGCACCUGCUGUUUCUAAAACAGAAGAUGUUUGGGUAAGAAUUGAGGACUGUCCCAUUAACAAUCCUAGAUCCGGAAGAUCUCCCACGGGAAAUACUCCCCCAGUGAUUGACAGUGUUUUAGAAAAAGGAAAUCCAAAUGCUAAAGAUUCAAAAGAUAAUCAGGGAAAACAAACUGUGGGUAAUGGUGGCAGUCUUCCUAUAUGCACCAUGGGUUUGGAAAACCACCUGAACUCUUUUAUUCAGGUAGACAGCCCAGACCAAAAAGGAACUGAGGCAAAACCGGGACAAAGUAACGUCCCUGCAUCAGAGAAUAAUGAAAGCUCUAUAGCUGAGCGUACACCCUUUAGUUCUAGCAGCUCAAGCAAACAUAGUUCACCUAGUGGGACCGUUGCUGCCAGGGUUACUCCUUUUAAUUACAACCCAAGCCCUAGGAAAAGUAGUGCAGAUAGCACUUCAGCCCGGCCAUCUCAGAUCCCAACACCAGUGAAUAACAACACAAAAAAACGAGAUUCAAAAACGGACAACACAGAAUCCAAUGGAACUCAAAGUCCUAAGCGCCAUUCUGGGUCUUACCUUGUAACAUCAGUUUAAAAGAGCUGGAAUGAUGAAACAGAAAAUUAUGUGUUAAUUACAACUGCUAUGUAGAGAUUUUGUUUCAAAUGAAACUUUAAAAGACUGAAACAUUUUGUAAAUAGGUUUGAUUCUUGGUAGAGAAUUUUUGUUCUGGAAGCCAUAUUUGAUAGUAUACUUUGUCUUCACUGGUCUUAUUUUGGGAGGCACACUUGAUAGUUAAGAAAAUGGUAAAGCCAAGUAUAUUUGUACAGUAUGUUUUACAUGUAUUUAAGUAGCAUCCCAUACCAUCAUCCUUUAAUUAUUGCUUGUCUUAAAAUAAUGAACACUACAGAUAGAAGAUAUGCUAUAUUGCUGUUAUCAAUCAUUCUAGAUUAUAAACUGACUAAUCAUCAGGGAGAAAUUGGUAUUUAUGCAAAAAAAAAACAAAAAAAAAACCUGUUUUAGUCAUUGUGAGUUCAUCUAAUGUCAUAAUUAAUCAUGUGGCUGUGAAAUUCACAGUAAUAUGGUUCCCCAUGAACAAGUUUACCCAGCCUGCUGUGCUUUACUGCAUGAAUGAAACUGAUGGUUCAAUUUCAGAAAUAAUGAUUAACAGUUCUGUGGUCACAUGAUGUGCAUAUAUAGCUACAGUGUAACAAUUAACACAAUUUUGUGCUAAAAAAAAAAUGUGUAACUGUAAAACUUUGAAUGAAAACUAUUUUACCUGAACUAGAUUUUAUCUGAAAGUAGGUAGAAUUUUUGCUAUGCUGUAACUUGUUGUAUAUUCUGGUAUUUGAGGUGAGAUGGCUGCUCUUUAUUAAUGAGACAUGACUCGUGUCUCAACAGAAACUAAAUGAACAUUUCAGAAUAAAUUAUUGCUGUAUGUAAACUAUUACUGAAACUGGUAUUUGUUUGAAGGGUCUUAUUUCAAAUUUGUAUUAAUAAUUAUCAAAAGGGCCUCUUAAAAACUUAUAUAAAUUUUUUCUUCAAAUUCUAUGCAUUAAGAGUUAAAUUCCUCUUACUGUAAUAAAAACAAAUGAAGAAGACUGUUGAUGAUGCAUUGGCACUUAAACAUUCCUGAAAUUUUUCUUUAUGUGGUUAUUCUUGAUACUUAAUAUUUUUCCACUUAAAUGUUUUCUUUUUCUAAACUCCAGUGGAGCUCAUUUGAAACAAAUUCAUAAGACAGCAUUGUAUACUACAUAGACAGGAUUAGGCAUCUAUCAUAAGAGACCUGUAUAGUUUCCUUUUUCAUAAUAGAAUUCUAAACUUGGAAAAUUAAUCUAUAAUUCUUAGGCAGAAGCAGUCUUUUCCAAGCUUUAUAAUGUAACUGUCUUCCUUUCAUCCUCUAAGUAUAUGUCUGGAAUAAACACGUUUUGUCACCCUAUAUGUUAUGGCUAAAUUCCAGCAGUCAAGUACAGUUAGCACUUAGCCAUACUCAGAAACUGCAAAUCAGAAACUGCAAAUCACAUGGAACUCCAAAGGUAAAAAUUUAAUAUGAUUAUCCCUGCCUAUUUAGGAAAACGUAUUGAUGGUCAGGCAGAGUCUUAGGGUGUGUGUUCAUAUCCCCUUCUUUCAACAUACCCCUUCCUUCUUGAAAGAAAAUAAAUGGAUAAAGUAAUCUGCAAAAAUAAUUUACUUGAUAUCUUCCCUGAAUUUAUUCUAAGAUAACAGAGGGUGAAGAUGAUGACAAAUGCUCAUUUGUUCAAUUUACAUGUUCAAUAAAUUGAAGUAAUCAUUUUUUAAUGUAAUUCCUACACUUGGAUUUGGAAAGGAAAAUGAUUUUUAGGCAUGGUGGGGCAUGAGGGGAGUAAACACAUCUACUACCCAUAAAUCACGUUGUUAAUUACCUGUCUUUUCUGUAUUUAUACCAUAUAAUGAAGAUGAUUUUUUAAGCUAACAUGCCAGUAAAGUGCUAUGAUUUGAAUCAAAGUGUUUGACUCCAAAGUGCCCCAUAUUCUCCACUGCACCACCUUGCAAACACCUUAGUUUACUUCUCUGUAAUUUAUCUACAUUCAAAUUUUUGCCAAACUUUAAAAGAAAUAGUUUGUGAAUAAUAAUUGUUUAUACUCAAAAGGCUGCCUUAUACUACAGAGAUACAUG